AUGUCUUCGCGUCAAUUGCCUACCUCCGACCAAAGGACUCCAGGCGAUGAGCUGAUCGAAUUCACACGGCCGAAUCGACCAAAAACGCAAGUAUGUGAACUUUGGCUGCGUGGAGAGUGCAAGAACAGGCAAGAGCGAUGUGCAUUCCUUCACGAAAACAGAUCGAUCGCAAUCCGACCGAAAAAUGCGAAAACGCAAACAUGUGAGAGAUGGCUAAAGGGAGAAUGUACAAGACAACAAUCAUGCUGGUUUCUGCAUGAAAUCAGAACUCGGCCUACAUCAUCAUCGUCUUUGAAAACGGAAACGUGUCAAAAAUGGAUGAAAGGAAAAUGUGCCUACAAAGAUGGGGAAUGUUCAUAUCGUCAUGAUAGCAGAAAAGAAGAAGGUAGAGAGGAGGAAAAGAAGCCGAAGAAAACGGGCGAUAAAUCAUACAAAAAUCGCCGACGUGACGAGCGUGACUCUUAUGAAAUUGCCAGUGAA